GCAGGUGGCAGCGGUUCAAUCAAGACUGAAGGCUCUAGAUGGAGUCCUGAAGGGACAGGAGAAAUGGCUGAUCUCCACAGAAGGGUUUAGAGCAAAAAACAACCAGCAGGAACUCCACACACUCAAAGACGAUUUGUGAGGCUGGGAUAGCAGAGCUGGAAAAGCUUCAGCCGCAGGUGGAAGAUCUCUGUUCUCAGACGGAGCGUCUGGCCGCAGAACCUGGAGCCCCUGAUACCAUGAGGCCCAGUGUGGCGGCGCUGGCAUCACGCCACAGCACAACUAUUCAAGAGCUCAAGACGCGGCAGCAGGACAUCACUACAGUUUUGUCCAGGCUGGCGGGGUCCAGAGCGCUGCAGCAGAUGGAGUCCAGACUGAACACAGUCAGCGCUGAUAUCAGAGACAUCACCACAGCUGAACAGAGAGUCAUCAAAGCUCAGGCUCUUUGUGCUGAGAUAGAGCAGGAGGCGUCGAAGGCAGCAGAGCAGCAGGGCUGGACUGAGCUCUCCACGGCCGCCCAGGAUCAGCUCAGCAUGCUGCAGUGCAUUCUGGGUAGCAUGAAGGACACAAAGGUGAAGCAUGAGGAGGUGGAGCGCUGGCUGAAUGCUGCUGAUGAGCUGCUGUCUCGAGACGCCAGCAGCUUCAGCCAAGCUGACAAACUCCAGGAAGAAGUCAACCAGUGCAAGGAGCUGGUGAGUGAGAUGGAGAGUGUGGACUUGUCUCUGAAGCAGAUGAGGGAGAAUGUGACGGCCGUGCAGCAGAGCUCCAUACCGGGUCUGAUCAGCUGGGGGCAGACGGAGCUGGACGACAGUCAGAGACGCUGGGACACACUCAGUAAAGAGUUGUUGAGGCGUGAGGAGCGUGUGAGUGACGGUCAGGAGAAAGUGAUGAAUCUGAAGAAAGACGUGGCGGAGAUGCGCGAGUGGAUGAUUCAAGUGGACGAGGAGUUUCUCAUGAGAGACUUUGAGUACAAGAGCCCUGAGGAGCUGGAGGAGGCGCUGCAGGAGAUGAAGAGGGCUAAAGACGAUGUGUUGCAGAAGGAAGUGCGUGUGAAGAUUUUGAAGGACAACAUUAAUGUUCUGAUUAGUAAGAUGCCCCCUGGUGGUCCUGACCUGAGCCCUGAGCUCACUGAAGUGCUGCACAACUACCAGAAACUCUGUGAUCGCUUCAAGAGCAAGUGCCACACGCUUGAGGAGGUGUGGUCCUGCUGGAUCGAGCUGCUGCAGUAUCUGGACGUGGAGUCUGGCUGGUUAAAGACGCUGGAAGAGAAAGUUCAAGCCACUGAGAACGUCCCAGAAAACACAGAGUCUAUCAGCGAGGCUCUGGAGUCUCUGGAGUCGGUUCUGCGUCAUCCGGGUGAUAACAGGACUCAGAUCCGAGAGCUGGGCCAGACUCUCAUAGACGGAGGCAUUCUGGACGAAAUCAUCAGCGAGAAACUGGAGAACUUCAAUUUGCGCUACGAAGAUCUGACUCAGCUGGCUGCCGCACGUCAGAUGUCUCUGGAGCAGAAGUUGGGGACUCUGAGAGAGAACGAGACGGCCUUACACACACUACAGACGUCCCUGACGCAGCUGGACCAGACGCUCACCUCGUACCUCACUGACCGCAUCGACGCCUUCCAGCUGCCACAGGAAGCUCAGAUCAUUCAGGCCGAAAUCGCGGCCCAUGAGGCCACACUGGAGGAUCUGAGGAGGAGGAAUGUAGGAAACGUACCUCUGACUGUCCCAGAGGGCAAACCAGUGCGAGGAGGAACCCUACUGGACCAGUUACAGCGGAAACUCCGUGAGAUUAGUACAAAAUUCCAGCUGUUCCAGAAACCAGCCAACUUUGAGCAGCGGAUGCUGGACUGCAAGAGGAUUCUGGAAAACGCGAAAGCUGAACUUCACAUCCUGGACCUGAAAGACAGACAACCAGAGGAGAUCCAAACCCACCUGAACGGAUGCAUGAAGCUGUAUAAGAUCUUGAGCGAGGUGAAACUGGAGGUGGAGACGGUGAUUAAAACAGGAAGACAGAUCGUACAAAAACAGCAGACGGAAAAUCCUAAAGGAAUGGAUGAACAGCUCACUGCCCUCAAAUUACUCUACAAUGAGCUGGGAGCUCAGGUGACUGAGGGGAAGCAGGAUUUGGAGAAAGCUUUGUCUCUGUCUCAGCGGCUGCAGAAGGACAGCGCCGCCCUGCAGGCCUGGAUGAGCCACACUGAGACGCCGCUGAAAGAGAAGCUCAGCGCAGGAGACAUGCCUGCCGAUAUCGAGACGGAGAUCAAAUGGGCCAACGGCCUGUUGAAGGAGUCUGAGCUCAAGAAGAGCGAUCUGUCUGUGGUGAUGGAGAACAGCGCCGCCCUGCAGGCCUUAGUGGAGGGCAGCGAGGCUCAGCUGGAGGAUCAGCUGUUUGAGCUCAAUGAGGACUGGGAGCGAGUGCACACACUGAUCGAGGACUGGCUCAGUGCUGUUCUGAAUCACAUGCGUGAGGUGGAGAUGUUUGAUGAGAAUUUGGCUCAUAUCAGCACGUGGCUCUAUCAGACGGAGAUACGACUGGAUGAGAUGGAGAAGAUGCCUGCAGCUGAGAAAGAGAGAAUGAUGAAGGCUGUGUUGGGUGAGUUGGAGGGAAUGAGUGUGCGUGUGGACAGCGCUCGUGAUCAGGCAGUAAUAUUGAUGACCAGCAGGGGGCCUGCGAGCAGAGAGCUGGUGGAGCCCAAACUGGCCGACCUCAACCGCAACUUCCACAAGGUGGAGCAGCACAUCAGAUAUGCUCAGGUAAGACGCCAGCGGCUCAGCACAGGCCUGAGUGGAGCUUGUUUUCCAGCUGUGGUGCUGGACAGACACUCAUUAGCCAGUGCUGAGUGUGUGUGUUGUGUUCAGGUGUCUGCUGGUCUGGAGGUCAGACAGGAGGCUGUGCGGCCACAGCAGGAGGUGAUAGACGGGAGGUCUGCUCCUCUUCUCUCCUCCUCACAGCUACAGCUGUUUGAAGCAGACCUACAAGCUACUAUCAGAGCACUGGAGCAACAGGAGAAAACACACACGCCUGAUGAUGAGAGGCUGGAUGAGGAGAAAGCUCAUGUUGAGGAGGUGUUGAGGAGAGGAGAGGAGGUGCUGCUGUCUGUUCCUGAUGAGGACAGAAGAGAGGACAUCCGCAGGAGACUGCUGCUGCUCCAGACGUGCUACAAGGAGCUUCAUAUCAUCAGAACUCAGCCGGCUGUGCUGGAAUCAUCGUCUUCUCCUCCGCAGAGAUCAGAGUCAUCCCUCUCUCCUCAGGAUGAGAUGAGUGCAUCUGUCUCCCCGUCUGACUAUCUGCUGGACAUUAAUAAGGUUCUGCUGGCCAUGGCUGACGACGAGCUGCUCCUGAACUCCUCAGAGCUCAGCGGAGGACUGUUUGAGGAUUUCUCCAGCCAGGAGGACACGCUCAGGAAUAUAAAGGAGAGUUUGGAGCGGUUGGGAGAGCAGGUUGAAGUGAUUAAUGAGCGCCAGCCUGAUGUGAUUCUGGAAGCUUCCAGACAGGAGAUGGCACAGAUAUCUGAUGCCCUGACACAGCUGAACUCAGAGUGGGACAGAGUCAACCGCAUGUACAGCCAGAGGAAAGGGUGUUUCGAUGGCGCUGUGGAGCAGUGGAGGCAGUUUCACUGUGACAUGAGCGAUCUCUCACAGUGGCUGAGUGACACUGAGCAGGUCCUGUCUGACGGAGAACUGGACCCGGACCGCGCCCGUGCACAGCAACAGGAUCUGGAGGAGGGUCUGGCCUCUCAUCAGUCUGCUGUGGCGGUGUUGAGCCGGUCUGGAGAGCACAUCAUCGGUCAGGUGUCUUCACCCGACGCCGCUCUGCUGAAGGAGAAGCUGGACGCUCUGAGACGCCGCUGGACAUGCGUGCAGAGACAAGUGUCUGAGCGCCAGUGCAGGUUGAUGGGUGAGGAUCCGGCCGUGAUGGAUGUCGUUCAGAGGACCGCUGGUCUGGCUCAGUGGCUGGAGCACACGCAGGUUGCCGUGGCGACGCUGCCGGUUUCAGCCACCGACAAGAGCCUCAGAGAGCUCAAGGCCUUGACGGAGGAGAUGGAUGGUCAGAAUGAGACGUUGUCAUGGCUGAAUAAAACUGGCUCUCAGAUCUUGUCAAACUCCAGUCUGAGUCCUCAGGACAGAGACACUCAUGUGAAUAAAAUCAGGCAGAUAAACCUCAGCUGGAGUAAAGUGAGCGGCGAGCUGCUGGAUAAGGUGCGUGAGGUGGAGGGGCGUCUGCAGACACACACAGCGGUCCAGGACGAGAGGAGGCUGGCGUCGUACGGACAGUUCCAGGAGCGCAUGAGCAGACUGGGCGGCUGGGUUAACAUCAGCAGCCAGUCUCUGAGCGACGUCACACCCGCGGAGAGACAGGGUCUGGAAAUGUCCAUGCGAGAGCAGAAGCGGGAGCUGGAAGAGCUGUUGUCUUACUCUAUUGAGCUCCAGAGGAAACAGCUGCUUUUACCACAGGAAAAGAGUAAAAUCGAACAGCUGGCUGUGGAUUGGAAAGCUCUGGACGCCAGACUGAAGGAGCCUCUGUCUCCAUGGACACAACAAGUGGCUCAGCAGCAGUUCACAGAGAGCGUGCCGUCUGCGGUGCACAUGGUCAGUCUGAUGAGCGAGGAGCGCCGUCCCAGCCCAGAGCUGGUGGGCCCCAGCGACCUCCACCAGACGGCCACAGAGCUGGCGGACUGGCUGCUCCUCAUCCACCAGAUGCUCAAAUCCAACAUCGUCACAGUGGGAGACAAAGAGGAGAUCCACACCACCAUCGGCCGCCUGCAGGUGACUAAAAGUGAUCUGGAGCAGAGACAUCCACAGCUGGAACACAUCAUCACUCUGGCUCAAAACAUCAAGAACAAAACCUCCAACCUCGACGUGCGCACCUCCAUCUCAGAGAAACUGGAGAAGGUCUGCAGCCAAUGGGACGGCACACAGCACGGCGUGGAGGCGCGGCUUCUGCAGCUGGAAUGCAUGAUCGGCCACAGCGACCAAUGGGAGGAGCAGAGGCACAAGGUGAAGGCUCUGAUUGGACAAAACGAGAUGCGUCUGCAUAACCUGCUGCAGCUGAGCCGGGAGCCGCUUACCAAACAGAUCAGUGACAACAAGGCGUUCCUGCAGGAGCUCAGUCGAGGACAGGAGAGCGUGACGUCCUUUAAUGAACUGUCCAAUCAGCUUCUGCGAGAAUAUGCCGCUGACGACACGCGCAAGGUCAAAGAGGUCAUGGACAAACUCAACACGGUGUGGAACAGCGUCAAUAACAGGGCGUCGGACCGACAGGCUGCGUUGGAUUCAGAGUUGAAGUCUCUCCAGGCGUGUCUCCGUGAGCUCGAGUCCUUCCUGAAGUGGCUCCAUGAGGCGGAGACUACGGUCAACGUGUUAUCUGACGCCGCCCAGAGGGAGGAGCUCUCACAGGACUCCGCCCACAUCAAAGAGCUCAAAGGGCAGCUUGGGGACAUCCAGGCGGAGAUCGAGGCUCAUAAUGAUGUCUUCAGGAGUGUGGAUGGGAAUAAGAUGAAGAUGGUGAAGGCUCUGGGGAGCUCAGAGGAAGCAGUUUUCCUUCAACAGAGACUGGAUGACAUGAACCAGCGCUGGAACGACCUGAAGGCCAAAUCAGCCAAUAUACGGGCUCAUCUUGAGGCCAGUGCUGAGCGCUGGAACCGGCUUCUGUCAGUCCUGGAGGAGCUGGGCUACUGGAUCAGUGUGAAGGAUGAGGAACUGAACAAACAGAUGCCCAUCGGAGGAGACGUGCCCACAGUGCUGCAGCAGCAGACCCACUGCACGGCUCUGAGGGCGGAGCUUAAGGAGCGUGAGCAUUUAGUUCUCAGCACAUUGGAUCAGGCACACAUGUUUUUGGCCGACCAGCCGAUCGAAGGACCUGAAGAGCCACGCAAGAACCUGCAACCCAAAACCGAGCUAAGCCCGGAGGAGAAGGCCCAGCGGGUGGCUAAAGCGAUCCGUAAGCAGACUGCAGAGGUGGGCGAGCGCUGGGAGAGGCUCAUGGGACACGCGGGCACCUGGCAAGACCAGGUGGACAGAGCACUAGAUAAACUCCAGGAUCUCCAGAGCUCCAUGGAUCAACUGGACCUGCGUCUAGCCCAGGCCGAGGAGCUCAAAGCUGGAUGGCAACCCGUGGGAGACCUUCUCAUAGAUUCCCUACAGGAUCACAUCAAGAAAACAACGGCGUUCUGUGAUGAGAUCGCGCCUCUGAAACAGGAUGUCCGGGCUGUGAAUGAUCUGGCAGGUCAGCUAACCCCACUGGACGUCCAGCUGUCCUCCAUCACAAACCGCCAGUUAGACAACCUCAACAUGCGCUGGAAACUACUGCAGGCGGCUGUAGAGGACAGGUUGAAGCUCUUACGGGAAGCACACAGGGAUUUUGGACCUUCCUCUCAACACUUCUUAUCCACUUCGGUGCAGUUGCCCUGGCAGAGAGCAGUGUCCCCGAAUAAAGUGCCCUACUACAUCAAUCAUCAGAGUCAGACGACGUGCUGGGACCAUCCCAAGAUGACCGAGCUCUAUCAUUCUCUGUCUGACCUCAACAACGUGCGCUUCUCUGCAUACAGGACGGCUAUGAAGAUCCGCCGGCUGCAGAAAGCCCUCUGCUUGGAUCUGUUGGAUCUGAGUGUGGCUCAGUCCAUGUUCCAGCAGCACAAGUUGACGGUAAACUCCCAGCAGCUGACGGUUCCUGAGGUCAUCAACUGCCUGACGUCUGUGUAUGACGGACUGGAGCAGGACCACAAAGACCUGGUCAACGUCCCGCUCUGUGUGGACAUGUGUCUCAACUGGCUGCUCAAUGUCUACGACACGGGUCGAAGUGGGAAGAUUCGAGUUCUGUCCAUGAAGAUUGGUCUUCUCUCUCUUUGUAAGGGACACCUGGAGGAGAAAUACAAAUGUCUGUUUAAUCAGGUGUCAUCGGCGGGUGAGACGUGUGAUCAGAGGCAGUUGGGUCUUCUGCUGCAUGAUGCCAUUCAGAUCCCUCGACAGCUGGGUGAGGUGGCGGCCUUCGGCGGAAGCAACAUCGAGCCCAGCGUCCGCAGCUGCUUCCAGCAUGUGACCAAUAAGGUUGAGCUGGAGCCGAGGCAGUUUAUUGAUUGGAUGAGACUGGAGCCGCAGUCGAUGGUUUGGCUUCCGGUUCUGCACAGAGUGGCGGCAGCAGAAACGGCCAAACACCAGGCCAAGUGCAAUAUCUGUAAAGAGUUCCCCAUUGUGGGCUUCAGAUAUCGCAGUUUGAAGCACUUCAACUAUGACGUUUGUCAGAGUUGCUUCUUCUCUGGUCGCACAGCGAAGGGUCAUAAACUCAACUACCCCAUGGUGGAGUACUGCACACCGACCACCUCAGGAGAAGACAUGCGAGAUUUCACCAAAGUCUUAAAAAAUAAGUUCCGCUCGAAGAAAUAUUUCGCAAAGCACCCUCGCCUGGGAUACCUGCCCGUCCAGACGGUCCUAGAGGGAGACAACAUGGAAACUCCGGUCACUCUCAUCAGCAUGUGUCCGGAGCAGUAUGAGCUUUCUCCAUCACCACAACUCUCUCAUGACGACACACACUCACGGAUAGGGCAGUACGCCAACAGGUUGGCACAGAUGGAGCGUUCUAAUGGCUCUCUGCCCACUGACAGCAGCUCGGCCACUGGAAGCAUGGACGAGGAACACGCUUUAAUCCUGCAGUACUGUCAGACUUUAGGAGGGGAGGGCUCAUCCUUCAGCCAGCCCCAAACCCCCGCCCACAUCAGCAGGAGCCCCGCCCAUGACACUCAUAGCCCCUCCUACCUGCUCCAGAGCCCCGCCCAGAUCCUGCAGGCUGUGGAGAGGGAGGAGCGAGGAGAGCUGGAGCGAAUCAUAGCGCGACUGGAGGAGGAGCAGCGGACCCUGCAGAGGGAGUACGAACAGUUGCGCCAGCAGCACAGUCAGCCCGGCGUGGGGGCCGCAGCUGUUAGCGGGGCCCCAGAGGAAGCUGACCUGUUAGCUGAAGCUAAACUCCUGCGACAGCACAAGGGACGGCUUGAGGCACGCAUGCAGAUACUGGAGGACCAUAACAAACAGCUGGAGUCACAGCUCUACCGACUACGCCAGCUGCUGCAUCAGCCUGAGUUAAAUGGCUCGUCCUCUUUUGGCUCUCUCCAUCGGGAUACAGCAGGACAGGCCGAGCUCCCAGAUGGGUUUCUCCAUCAGUGUGCUAACAGUAACUCUGAUCUGGCUGAGGUUGUGGAACAGAUUAACCACAGUUUUCCUGCAUGCUCUCCUUCAAGUGUGUCCUCAAGGCCGAAGGUGAUGUGAAGGUUUUCAGCAGAACAUCCUUUUGGAAAUCUUGCGGACAUGAAGAGCAGUCUCGAACUCGACAUGACAAGAAGAUUCCCAUUCUAGAGAUGCAGAGUCCCGGCUGUUUGUCCUCGAACCCAAAGACUGGAACAGGACCACACAGUUCAUUCAUUGGCUAUUACUACUGCAUCUGUCUGUACUAUGCAACUGUACAUUUGAUCAACAUGUAGAUUGUACGUGAGGUGUAUCUGCCCAUUGUUUUAAUACCCGGAUGAUUAUUUAGGGUUAUGGGGGCCAUUUAUCGUAUAACCUGUAUGCUUUUAUUUCUGCGUUCACCAAGGAACUACACUGCUACCACACGCAGCUCACAUCAGUUGCUGUUCAAACUGGCACAUUGUCUUUCUACAGAUGUGGUUAUUAGUUUAAUCAGAAAACGAUGUGAACAUCAGUGGAUAUGAAGACAAAUUGGUCUCGAAAUGCUAAACUGUUAGCGCAUGUUGCCCCAGCAUUAUUCUGUUCAACUUCAGCCUGUUUUGACAGUGUUUGCCGUGAACUCUCCCUUUAAAACGUUGUUUCGACAGUUUGUUCAGUGGGUAGCAGCGCAUCUGAACCCUCAAUGCAUUUCUAGAGCGCACGCACAUAUGAUGUACAACACAAACAUUCGAACGCGUCGACAACACCCUUUUGUGCCUAUAAAGCAUCCAUUCCAGGAGAGACGAGUGGGUGAGAGAUGCCGUAUUUCUCAAAAUUGUGUAGAAAGAUUAUAUUAUAAAAAGACAAAUGUAGGAAAUGUGGAUUUUUAGGACGUUUGGCCCAAGAUGAUUUAUCUUUGUGUAGUAUAGUUUUAUAAAUAAAUGUUUAAAAAAAUAAAAUUAGAGAAAGCCAUGAUUGCCUUGCUACCUCAGACAUCAGUCAAUCAAUCAUUCAUUGGUGUGACUGUCGAUUGAUUUCACUCUCCACUUCCAAAAACAAAACUAAGGAAAUCGCCCCAAUGGUCCUUCCAUAACGUUGCACUUACUACGCAAGUAAGCAGCCCCGACGACUACAUUGUGUUUUUCCCUUGUUUUCCCGGCAUUCCUUUGAUUUUUCUACAUGGUGUAUUUGUGGUGUGCUACCUUCAGUGAAGUGUUAGAUUUGAACAUUACUGUAACACCUGCAAAACAUUGUUCUGAAGUUGAUUCUAGUGAAGUCACUGAUGCUGUGCUGUUCUGACCCAAGAUAGAUCAGUAAGACCCAACACACUACAUGUAAUGAGGUUACAUAUGUUUUAUUCAAAAUAAAGUUUUUAUAAUGAG